AACGAAAAUUAUCUACAGCGAAAUGGAGAGAAACAUUACCAACGAGAAGCACCGUGAUCGCUUUGGAAAAGUGUGGCCGUCAAAACGUCCGACCAAACGAAAAGUGGGGUUAUCUCGUGCAGCAAGAACAGAAGCACGACUAAGGCGAAUUGGCGGAAUAUGGAACAUCAGUGAUCCAAUAGGACCUGAUGUGCCGUUGGGAUAUACCAGCAAUCCCUUGGCAGAGCUUGACAGUGAAGAAGAAACAAUGCGGCCACCGUCGACAUCAGCCGCCAUGAAUUUUACAGAAGAUGUAUUCGACGAUCGCGGAAACGAGUGUUCGCCUGUGCGGUGCCCAACAACAUCCGUCGAUGAUGAUGUCACUGUCACGGAUAUUUACAAUGAACCACCUGCGGAGGUGGAAAAUAUUGUAGAAACUGGCGUACCUAACACGAGUGAAGCAGACGACUCGGAAGAGCUGGAGAAAAAUAAUGAGCUCGACAUUGGUCGAGUAAAACCAGUGGAUUUGGUAGGACGACAAAUAGUGAAUUUCGGUUACGUCUUUACUGAAAUUCAUCACCGAUUCGACGAACACAGCAAAUCAUUGGACUGUGCAUUUCGCGACCUGGUAUUGACUGGAACACAUAGACACGGAUUGAGGACUCAAUUUCAAUUCGAGUGUCGCAUGUGCCAUUUCAAGAGUAGUGUGUGGUCAGACCCCCCCGAUGACGCUGGUCUGGAUAUUCACACAGCCGCUGCAGCCGGAUGCAUCACCGCAGGUAUCGGUGGUGCGCAAUUGAAGGAGGUGUUGUCGGCGAUGGCUGUACAGUCUCCAUCCAGCAAAACGUCGCAAAACUAUGCGGAAAUAGUCGGCGAGGGAUUCGCAAAAGCCGCAGCAGAAAAUAUGACAGCGGCUGCGGAGGAAGAGAUGAAACUUGCAGUUACCCGAGGUGACGUCACCAAAGAUGGAAUCGCGAUGAUUCCAGUGGUCGCCGACGGAAGCUGGAUGACUCGGUCAUACAAGACAAAAUACAAUUCCCUCGCAGGUGUUGGAGCUAUCGUGGGCUACCAUACAAGGAAGAUCUUGUUUAUUGGCGUGAGGAAUAAAUAUUGUGCGUUAUGCGCGUACGCCGAUGCUAAGGACGUGGAGCCCCGAAAACAUACAUGUUUCAAGAAUUGGGGAAGUAAUAAGAGCUCAACGAGCAUGGAAAGUGACGCCAUCGCGGAAGGAUUCUGCAGCAGCAUCGAAAUGCACAAUCUUAUGUACACGGAGCUCAUUGCUGAUGGAGAUAGCAGUGUGUACAAAAAGAUUCUAAAUAUGAAUCCGUACGAAAACGUGCAAGUGAAGAAAAUCGAAUGCAUAAAUCACUUGCUUCGCAACCUGUGUAACAAAGUGAAAGAGUCCACAAAGGGAAAGGGACGCAUCGGUAAUUGGAGAAGCGUCAUCGAAGGCAAAGUAAAGAAAUUUAGAAGUGCUGUCGUAAAAGCUGUGGAAUAUCGUAACGAAGAAAAAACGGAAACGCAGCAAAAAAAAUAUGACCUACGACGCGACAUUUUAAACAUUCCGCAUCAUAUAUUCGGAGAUCAUCAAAACUGUGCCUCCUAUUUUUGCGGAGUGCUGAAGUCCGACGAGAUAAAUCAAGUUCCGGAAUUGAAGCGCAUGGGAUUGUUCAACCGUUUCAAAGACAUCGUAAUUCAGCUGAGCCACCAUAGGGAUAGCCUACUGCGGAAUGUUACUAGCAACAUGGCUGAAAGCUACAAUUCCGUAAUUUGCAAGUUCAUCGGCGGAAAACGAAUCAACUUCGCAAAACGUGGCUCCUACAACGCAAGAUGUUCCGGGGCUGUUGUUCAGUAUAACACGGGCCGAAGUUUAUCAGCAGUCGCUACUGCUUUGAAAAAGAUACCAUCAGCGACUGUACUUUGCCUCGAAAAUCAGCGGCGGCAUGCGAAGGAGACGAAGAGACGUUGGGCAACAAAGCGUCAAAGCGCAGAUAAGCCCAAGGGCAGUGGGUCAGGAAGAAAACGUCACUGCGCAGCCGAUAAGGAUUAUGGCCCACAAAGUUCGCAACCAGAUUUACCAGAAGACGAAUUCCAGCAAGACAAGAAAGGCCAUUCUAGUCGUCUUUGGAAACUGUAAAAGGACCGAGCCAAGGUGGAGCGUUCGACGAUCGAGCAGCACGAAUCGAAACGGUGGAACGUUCAGCGAAAGAAGCUACUGACAGCUUCUCACUUCGGAGCUAUGUGCUGACGCAGACCCACAACGCUGUGCAAAGCGCUCUUGAAGACCAUCCUGUACAACAAGGAAGUUACUACACCGGCAAUGCUCUACGCACAUACUUGUGAAAAAAAGCCCGAAAGCAGAUCGAGGAACAGAACGGGUCGCAGUUUCCAGGAUUACGGAUUAUUUAUACAAAAAGAUAUCUCUUUCUAGGCGCCACUCCUGAUGGUCUUAUUGGCGACAAUGGAAUCGUAGAGAUCAAGUGCUCUUUCUGCGCCAGAGAUCAGACGCUGGAUGAGGCAAUCGCAGCAAAUAUACCAGCCGUGACGGGGAUCUUCAACAAAGGUGGAACCCUACACAAACAUCAUAAGUACUACUAGGAGAUCCAAGGGCAGCUCCACAUAAGUAAACGAAAGUAUUGCUGCUGCGGACUGUGGACGCCGUAUGGGAUCAAGCAGCUCAUAUCCGAAAGAAGUUAGCUACACUACGGGUACGCUCAACUACAAGUAUUCCAACAGGAUUGACUGAGUCUUCGUAUGUCAAAUUUCAUUGAUGAAAUCCUGAUACAAUACCGUCGUGGCUAUAAGUUUGCUUUCCGGAACACAUGGCCGGAACGGAAAUGCAAACAUCACCGAUCCGACGUCAGAACGAAAUUAUUCGUUCUUCUUCGAAAUAAACCGACAGAGUCCUCAUGGAGUUGACGACAUUAACUGCCAGACUUACGUAAAGUUAAAACAUUCCAAUUUGUUUGCACCAGCAUAUGUUAGUGAUCUCAUCAGUCGCAAGAAAAUAGUAAAUGAGGAUGAUAACAUUGAAGUACUGUGGAAGUCAAUGAUGGUAAUGACUUUGAGAGAAUUAGUAAUGCAGCAGAAUUAGGAGCACUCAGCAGUUUCUGCAGCACUCAAAGUUCCUAUUUAUCAAGAUAUCUCUGCAACAGAAAAAGCUUCAUCUUCGAAAAGAUUCGUCCCUUUGCAAAUGAUAGUAGAUAAUGGUGACAUAAAGUAAAUACGCUAUCCAGUUGUCAAGAAGUGACGUUUGGAUGUUCUUCGUAAAAACCUCAAUGGGUGCAUGAUAGUGAUCUAGAAGACGACUCGAAAGAUCCUGAGGAACCAUACGAACCUGAAGGAUAGCUUGCUAUAGACAGCGGCAAUGAUUCGAAGUUAUCGAACUUGAAAACGUGCGAACACAGUAAACAUUCAGUACAGUCGCAGCCUAGAAUCGACACUGUCGUGUCUACAAUAUCAUCUUUUAAAGAUGGAGGAACAAGGGCCCGUGUAAUUACAAAUGCAAUAAUCUACAUGCUCGUAAAGAACGACAUGCCACUGAGUACGAUCGAGAAAAUGGACUGUCAGUAUUUCCUCAGCGUUGCCGCACUGCUGUAUAAAGCUCCAAAUGCACUAUAGUAACAGAUCUUAUCGACCGCAAGUACGAAGUUCUUUCUGCGAUCAUCAAAGAAAAAUUGGGUGAAUUUCCUGAUUUCACGCUUACGGCUGAUGUUUGAACAGACACCAUGAAUUCUAUCAGUUAUUUAGGCUUCUCUGUUCAUUUCAUUGAGGACGAUAAUCUCUCGUCUUUAGUUCUGGACGUUGUCGAAUUAAGCGAGCGUCACACUGCCGAGUAUCUUCAGAUCGGUAUGCGAAGAAUGGAAAAUUCCAAUCAACAAAGUUACUGCUGUGGUAACAGAUAAAGAUGCUAAUAUAGUUAAAGUAGCGUGCGACACCUUCGGUUCGAGUCGUCACUUGCUGUGUUUCGCCCAUUCAGUGAAUUUAGUCCUAACUGAAAUUACUGCUGUCUAACCUCUAAAAGAGUUGAUAGUAAAAAUCAAAACAAUCGUUACAUAUUUUAGACACCCGACUGCCGCUGACGAACUACAAAAAGCACAUCUACGAAAUCCAUCUUUGUGUUUGAUUCAGAACGUUGCGACCAGAUGGAAUUCGACAUUUUAUAUGCUCGAACGGUUCCUCGAUCUCAUUGACGUACUCAGUUCGGUGCUGUUGACACUGCCUCAUUUGCUACCUAUGCUGACUGCUUCAGAAGUGGCAAUUAUUCACGAAAUAUUGGAAAUUCUUCGACCGGCCGAAGUCGUUACGAAAGAGAUAUGAGGUCAGACGUAUGUAACUCGUAGUAAAAUUAUACCGAUCAUAUACUGCUUAAAAAAGUCUAUCGAAAACCUCAAGACUUUAUUCGAAAUCGAGAAAUCUUUCAAAAAUGAACUGAUCCCUGAAAUUGACAGAUGCUACAAGGGUAUAGACUUUAAUUCCUUGAUCACAAUUCCUACGGUACUCGUUCCGAGAUUCGAGGUCUUACAUUUUCCCAGUGCUAUUUCGCGCAUAAAAACGAUUGACAAAAUUAACAUUCUUUUGAAGUGAGAUAAGUCAAGUACGCCCGUUAAACAAUUUAACGAUGUUACAACGAAAAAUCAAAACACGGUUUGGAAAUUUCAUAUUGAACUAUUAAAACAAAAGAAGGUUUACAAAACGAGUGGCGCUUGAUUUUGGAAGUUUGGACUCGAAUCUUAAACAAUAUCUAGCAAAAAACACACUUCGUUAGAAGCGGACCCAAUUAGAUAUUGGUCUGAACAGAAAGAAAAUUGUCCUGACCUAGCUUCGGUAAACAAUCAAUAAAGCAUGUACUGAAAGAACUGGACGAUAAAAUAUUUUAUCAGACACUGAGUCUAGUCUUAUUUCAGUUUACUAGUCUUAUUUCACUUAAGCGCAUUAUGAUUUAAAAAUAGUCUAACAAAUCUGUUGAUUUAUUGAUAAAGAACUUUUUAUGUACUUGUUAUGUAAUAUUAUGCUAAAAAAACUUUGUUACACUUCAAAUAAAAUUUUUUGUUUCUAUUCACAAAUAA